UGUGUGUCUCUCUCUCUCUCCCUAUCUCACAGGGAUCUGAAGCUGGAUAAUGUGUUGCUGGACAGUGAGGGUCAUAUAAAGAUAGCUGAUUUUGGGAUGUGCAGAGAGGGCAUGUUUGAAGGUGAUACUACACGUACCUUCUGUGGGACCCCAGACUACAUCGCACCAGAGAUUGUAGCCUACCAGUCCUAUGGUAAGGCAGUUGACUGGUGGUCGUAUGGGGUGCUGCUCUAUGAGAUGUUGGCUGGACAGCCUCCCUUUGAUGGUGUUGAUGAGGAGGCGUUGUUUCAGUCCAUCAUGGAGCAGAGUGUCUCCUAUCCCAAGAGUCUGUCCCGUGAGGCCGUCGCCAUCUGCAAGGGGCUCCUGACCAAGCACCCAGCGAAGCGACUGGGCGGAGGGGAGGAGGGGGAGAAAGAGAUACGGGAGCAUCACUUCUUCCGUUGGAUGGACUGGGACCGACUGGAGAGAAUGGAGAUACAGCCUCCCUUCAAACCCAGAACUGGUGGGAAGAAAGGGGAGAACUUUGACAAGUUCUUCACAGCGGCUCCGUCCGUGCUGACACCCUCUGACCCUGACGUUCUGGCGGCCAUUGACCAGGAAGACUUCCUGGGCUUCUCCUUCAUUAACCCUGAGCUCGCCCCCCCGACCCUGACUGCCAUCUGAGGGGGGCAGCUCUGUCUCUCUCCACCCACACUUUUUUGAAGGGCACGACUCUGUUUCGCUCUGCUCUCCGCUCUUUCGGAGGGGGGCAGCUCUCUGUAUUUUUAUCCUCUUCUCUUGGUCUGAAGGGAGCAGCUCUGUCUCUCUCUAUCCUCUCUGUCUGAGGGGGGGGGGGAGCUCCCCACACAUUCCCCUCACCGCCUAACAGUCAUUUUCUAAAGAAAAUAAGUUAAAAACAGAGAAUAGCACACAAUUUAAACACAAACAAUCAGUAUACACAACCUACAGAUAACUCUCCCUCUGUGCUAUACUCUAGAGCCUGAGUUCAUGGCUUAUUUUCAGAGGAAAAUCUGUGUGAUACGGGGAUGGAUGGGCAGAUUAGUGGUACAAGUCAAAUAACACAUUUAGUUGAUGCAAUGCAUACAAAACAACAUUACUGUUAUUUAAAGAUGAUGCAGUUCAUUGCAAACAGAUACUGUAAGAUGACACUGAAUCUGACUUAAAUCUGUAGUGGUUUUAAGGUAAAUGUAUUUUAUGACAUGGUAUCAUGCUAUUGUGGUAUCAAUAUCAGAUCUAUUACAUAGAAAUACAGCUAGAGCUGUCUAUAUGCCACAUGUAUAAUCUAUUACAUAGAAAUACAGCUAGAGCUGUCUAUAUGCCACAUGUAUAAUCUAUUACAUAGAAAUACAGCUAGAGCUGUCUAUAUGCCACAUGUAUAAUCUAUUACAUAGAAAUACAGCUAGAGCUGUCUAUAUGCCACAUGUAUAAUCUAUUACAUAGAAAUACAGCUAGAGCUGUCUAUAUGCCACAUGUAUAAUCUAUUACAUAGAAAUGAAUUACCUCUGAUAUUAUGUAAAGCAGUAUUUCUUGUGUCAUGUAAUGUCAUAUUGUGUUCUAUUACAUUGUUCUAUUAUAUUAUUACCAAAAAUUGCUCCUUGUUUUGUGUUUCCAAUUGAACUUCAAUCCAUUGAUGAUAUUUUAUUUUAUUUUUUUAUUUUUAUUUUACCUUUAUUUAACCAGGUAGGCAAGUUGAGAACAAGUUCUCAUUUACAAUUGCGACCUGGCCAAGAUAAAGCAAAGCAGUUCGACAGAUAAAACGACACAGAGUUACACAUGGAGUAAAAACAAACAUACAGUCAAUAAUGCAGUAUAAACAAGUCUAUAUACAAUGUGAGCAAAUGAGGUGAGAAGGGAGGUAAAGGCAAAAAAGGCCAUGAUGGCAAAGUAAAUACAAUAUAGCAAGUAAAAUACUGGAAUGGUAGUUUUGCAAUGGAAGAAUGUGCAAAGUAGAAAUAAAAAUAAUGGGGUGCAAAGGAGCAAAAUAAAUAAAAUAAAAUAAAUAAAAUAUAAUUGUGAUAUAUAGCUAGAAACCUAGAAGAUGGGUAAGAAAUCAAAUCAAUCAUUAUAUAUUACUGCUUGAAGAAAAGUUGCUCCUAAUCAGUGAUCUGGGAUCAGAUUCCCCUACCUACCCCUAGUCCUAACUUUAACUGUUAGACGAGGUGAGGUGAAUGGUAACCAUUCAUGAAAAUGAAACCAUCUAACCCUGUGUUCUGAGGUUAAGGGUUAUUUUAACUAACUACAUGAUUACUUACUCUCCCAUCUCCAUCAACAAAUAAAAUAUUUUCCACAAGAUAUAAGGACUACCAAGUCAACCAUCUGAUUGAUGUUUCCAUACUGCACAGCUAUGCCCUGUCAGCCUUACACAUUGUCAUCUCUCAUUCUAUUCCUAGAUCAGUUGCUAUAUUUUUUCACUUUCUUGCUGAUUUGACACUUUGACCUGGACCCAAAUUGAAUGUGAAAGCGCUAACUCAGGUCCAACUGAGCUAACUGACCCGGGUUGGCACUACAUCAGACACGUGACCUGAGACUACCCAGGAUAUCUGAGAUGAGGAGAGGACGGUUUUUAACAUGCGAUGUGGACCUCAGUGGCCAUUUUGGCUGAGGUUCACCAACCAGUGACAGAGUGACAGGGAGUAACACAUCUCCGAAGGAAACGUAGUAAGGAGUUAGGAGUUAGGAGUUAGGUAGCAUGGUUAGGACAUUUUCAGUAGAGUUGGGAUUCAGUGAGCUACAAUGCUUCAUGUUAAGCCCCAACUAAUAAUAUGCUUAUAUGCUAGCAUGUAACAAAUCAAAACCAAUUUUAUUUGUCACCUACAAAUGGUUAGCAGAUGGUAUUGCGAGUGUAGUGAAAUGCUUGUGCUUCUAGUUCCGACCAUGCAGUAAU